AUGUCAAAGAAAAUAAUAGAUUUUGAGGUUACAGCCACUGACGGGGCUGCAAGAAGUGGUAAAAUGGGUCUUCACAGACCAACUGAUUAUUCAUUUGAAACUCCAGUAUUUAUUCCACUUGCAUCACUUGGAACUUUAAAAGGCUUAACAACAGAACAGAUUUUAGGCCUUCCACAUACACCACCUAUUCUUUUUGUAAAUGCAUAUCAUCUUAGUCGCAGACCAGGCCCCGAGUUACUCAAAGAAUAUGGUGGAAUUCACAAAUGGCUGAACUGGCCUCAUGGUAUUCUCACAGACAGAGGAGGCUUCCAAAUGUUUUGUCAUACAGAUCCUUCUGUUGGCACUGAAGAAGGCCUAAAAUUCAAUUCUACGAAUCCAGACGGAUCAGAUAAAAUUUUAACACCAGAAGAUAUGAUACACAUACAAAAUUCCAUCGGAUCUAACAUCGCUCUACAAUUAGACGACUAUGUACCUAUGUCAAUGACAGGUCCACGCGUUGAAGAUGCGAUGAAUAGAUCAAUUCGUUGGCUAGACAGAACAAUUUCUGCUCACGAACGUCCUGAUGACCAAGCCAUCUUCGCUAUUGUACAAGGCGGCCAUGAUCCUGAACUUCGCCGCUUGUGUUCCGAAGAAAUGUCAAAAAGAAAGGAAAAACUCGGCGGUUUUGCCAUUGGCAACCUAUCAAACACCGAAUCCAAAGAUCUUUUCUGGAAGUCACUCAAUGCAUCUAUUGCAGGGCUUCCUCCCGAGUAUCCACGCUAUUUAAUGGGUGUUGGAUAUCCUGAUGACAUUGCAGUUUGCAUUGCUUUAGGUGUAGACAUGUUUGAUUGUGUUUAUCCAACGAGAACUGCUAGAUUUGGCACUGCUUUGACAUGGAAAGGAAACGAACAUGUCUCUAAAUGGAAAAACCAAGAUUAUCCGAUUGAAAAAGAAUGUCAUUGUUGGACAUGUUCUCACGUAACAAGGACAGCUCUUUACCAUAUGCAGCAUUCAGACAUGUGCGGCCAAUUGUUGACGAUUCAUAACGUUGAAUUCCAAAAUAGACUGACUUCUUAUCUUGGAGAAGGAAUCAAGAAGAAAGAACUCGGAAAAUACUUGAAAGAUUUCUUCACUGCAAGAUAUCCUGAUGGAAACUUCCCUCAAUGGGUUGUUGAUGCUUUACUUUCUGUUAAUAUAGAUAUAAAGAAUUGUUAA